AUGACGAAGGGUAAUCGUUAUUUAGAUUCGGCACUCGACCAUGAGAAAGACAAACAAAUAAGAAUGGAUCACACCUCAUCAUACUCUCAUCAUGAAGAGAACCCACGACACCAUCAUCUCCGAGAAGAACCACCCUCACACAUGGAACAAGCACUCACAUCCUCGUCUUCCUCAUCCGAAACCAACACCUCUCAAACCCAACUCUCUCUCCAUUCUUCCAACCGAAAAUCCCGAAAGAAACAUUCCAAGCGAUAUUAUAUGGUGGAAACUCACGACGAUGAUGAAUGUGAAGAAAAUAACGGAGAAGAACAACAUGACUGUGAUGAUGAUUCCGAUCGUAAUGACCAUUCGGAAGUGAAACCAAACACCGAGAAGAAGAACAACCAAUUCAUCAUGAUGAAUAAUAUUCCUCAAGAGGAGCCACUCAUUCAAGUGUCGGAAGAGAGGAGCAACCAAGAACAGCUGCCAUCACUUUCUCAUGAGGAUUCUACACAAUCGUCUCAACACACGAAACCACCACAGAAAGCAAGUCGUCAUCAUCAUGAGGAUACGAUUUUAGAUCACUUGGAUGAUGUGUUGGAUGUGUUCAAUGAAAAUGUGUUACCGACCCUCCUUCACACAGAACAUACAUUGAGACAUUCUCAUGCUGCAACAACGACAUCAACGAAAACAACAACAAAUGGAAUGAUUACUAAGGAUAAAUCUCAUCAUUUAGCAGCAGAAGAUGCCCCUUCUUAUUCAAAAGUAGGAGAUAGUACCGAUCAUGAAGUGUCCUUUUCUUCUUCUUCAUCUGAAAAUAGUUGUUGUGAAGUGACAGCGUCCGUUUCUGCCAUUCAUGUGGAUCUUACUGCUCCAGCAAUGACAAGAAAUGAAACCUUCAACAAUAAGGAAGAAGAACAAGUUCCUAAAGUUUCGAAAAGUGUAUUCUUUCGCAAACGAGUCACGAAUUUGAUACUAUUUUUAUUGGGAACAAUGUGUUUCAAAUUUUCAUAUGAGACAUUGUCAGGUGCGAUUGGUUUGACCAUUCUCACAAGAUUGGAAAAUCAUCCUUUGGGAGCAACCACCAUUUUGAGUUUAUUGACCAUUACUUUUGGAAUUUCACAAUCCAUUUCUUCAACCUUAGUGGAAGGUUUUUUGAAACAAGUUCGUGCCACUCGAUUGUACAGCAUGGCUCUUUUAUUCUUUUCUCUGUUAAUUUUAACAAUGAUUGUAUUGGAGGCAACGACAGGAGGAACCUUAACCGAAGCAGGAUAUUGGUCGCCGUGGAUUAUUUUCCCAAUUUAUGUUUUUAUUGGGUUUAACAUUGGAGUCAUUGAGGUUGUUCGAAAGGUCAUUCCAGCUUCUAUUCUGGGAAACUCUGAAUCCUCAACCUUAAAGCGCUUAAAUGCGAGUAUUCACAUCAUUUAUGAAGUUGCAGGAACCAUUGGUGCUUUUCUCUCAAGUGUUUUCAUUGAAAAACUUGGAUCCAUCUAUGCGUUGUGUCACAUUCCAUUAUUCUUCACAUUAGGUGCUGUAUUUUUAUUCUUUAUAAGUUCAAAAUGUGACACUCAGGAACAAUCCGAGAAUGAUGAUAGUGUUUCAGAAAAUCAUUUCGAUCUAUCUCCACAAAGAGAACGUUUUGCAAUUUUGAGACGGGUUGGAAUUGCUGUAAAGAAUUAUUUCAAGAGCAUGUUCAUUGGAGCCAAGAUUGUUCUCGCCAAUCGAUAUUACAUUUGGCUCAUUCCUUGUUUUGUGUUGCCUCAAACUCUUCACAGAUUGAUUGAAAAUAUCUUCCUUCCUGCUUAUGCGAAAAUGAUUUUGAAAAAGGGAAGUUAUUCAGGAAUCAUGUUGGGAGGUUCAAAUUUUGGAGAAUUGUUGGGAGCUGGAUUAUUGUUCUUGUUGGCCAAGAAGGUCAAGAAACCAACCAUUUGGAUAUUGAUGGAUGCUUUGUUUUUGAAUUUGAUGUGGAUUUUCCCAUUCCUCACUUUUGAUGAAACCACAAACAAUAAUUUGAUAUUUGCGAUUUGCAUUGUUCCAGCGAUGGUGUUGACCUCUGGUUCUUAUGCAGCUGGUGACUGCACUCAAAUUGCUUACAUUCAAUCGACUUUAUCUGAUGAAGUGAAUGAACAAACAGGUGUGAAUGAAUUGGCAGCAGUGAUGAGUUUCUUGUAUUCAUGUUACAUCAUUAUCACAACCUUUGUUGUGUUUGGAUUAUCUCAAGGAAUUGACAGAUUCAAUGCUGAGAAGAGACCUGAGUUUGGUUUCAUGACUAUUUGUAUUGUAUUGACUGUGUUGUCAGUUGUCAUUGUCGCUCUCUAUUUAUUGUUUACAAAGAUUAAGCCAACACAUGAGGAGGAAGAGGAAGAACGAAAGAAAGAGGAAAUAUCAGAACUUUCUUCUGUUGAAAAGAAUUCUUUUACAGAGAACAAUGGCAAUUUGACAAUUCCAAGAAAUUUCAACAUGUAA